GGUGAGCUUCACACCCGUUGGCCGCUCGGUUCUCAAACUUCUCUUUGGGUUAAAUGUCGCUGUGUUUCUUAUCGAGUCGCCGCCUCUGGGAUUAUAUAACCUUCAACAAGCCGGGAAGCAACUUCUGUCCGCUCUUUAAGUCGAUAAACGGAGGAAUAAAGAGGUUUUGCUGCAUUUCCUGAAACAUUAUGAGUGAGAAGGGGGAGCAGAAGAGCAGCGGGGGCGUGAAAUACUACAGACUGUCUGAGAUCCAGGAGCAGAACACCUUCAAGUCCACCUGGAUCAUCAUCCACAACAAAGUCUACGAUGUCACCAAGUUUCUGGAGGAGCACCCCGGAGGAGAGGAGGUGUUGAGGGAACAGGCCGGAGGAAACGCCACCGAGAGCUUCGAGGACGUCGGACACUCCACCGACGCCCGGGAGAUGGCGGGCGACAUGGUGAUCGGCGAGGUGCACCCGGAUGACCGACACAAGCUCGAGAAACCUGCGGAAUCUCUGCUGACCCCUGUUAAUGAGGAGAGCAGCUGGUGGUCCAGCCUGGUGAUCCCCGGUCUGGUUGCGACCAUCAUCACCCUAUUGUAUCGCAUCAUCACCAGCGAGAGCGACUGACGUCACCAGCCCCGCCGCCAUGACGUCAUCAGCUGCAGCCACCUCGGCCAAUGGCAGCGCGGACGCCAUGGCUCCUCCCAGCGCAGCUCAGCCAACCAAUCACGCGGCUUCACGAGGAUAAAUCUCACCGUUAUUCUUGAAUGAUAUAAAUGCAGUUGAUGUAUAAUUUUUGUAUCUAUCUGUAUCUUUUGUAACUGAAUGUAAACAGAUUGAUUAAUAUUCAUAUCAGCAGCUAGCAAGGCGUCAUCAGCACAGCACUGCUAUCAUCGUGUUGCUUCUUCAUAACACCACUCAUCCACCAUUUGUUAUUUGAGCUUCGGUGGCCCCGGUGAGAAUGAAGUGUAGUUAUGCGGAAAAAGUUCAGUCGGAUGUUCAUUUUUGUUCAUUUUUCCCACAUUGAGGGCAGAAAACUUCAAACUCCCACAAGCUGCAACGACACUGUCAAGUCAAAUCAGCUUUUUCCAUGAAGAAAUGUAACUUUGAAUGGUUUACAUGUUGUUAAUCUUUAAGCCUGAUGGCCAACUCGAAGCUGAAAGACAAAUUCCACUAAUACAGUUUUUCUUUGAAUGUUUUUACCGGAUGAAAACUGUGAAAAUAACCAGAAAUGUUUGAAAUCAAUGCAAAGAGGUGCUGUCGAACGAGGAAGUCGAGCUUUGCAGUGAUGUUGCUCUCCGAUGCAGAUUGUAAUGUGCAGACAAUCCUAGUGGGGGUCUGGAGGACGCUCUGCUGCUGCGAGUCCUCGCCGGACAGGAACUCAGACCAAGUUUGUGAUUGAUGUUGGUGUCAAGGACCAAAAAAAAAAAAAAAAAAAAAACCCCGGC